GCCGAUCAGCUGUCCCCCAACUAGAAGUCAGAGUUCAAGGAGGCCUUCAGCCUCUUUGACAAGGACGGCGAUGGCUCCAUCACUACCAAAGAGCUCGGCAAUGUGAUGCGGUCACUUGGGCAGAACCCGACGGAAGAAGUGCUUCAAGAUAUGAUCAACGAGGUUGAUGCCAAUGGAAGCGGUACCAUUGAAUGCCAAUAGUUCAUUGAUCUGAUGGCCAGAAAGAUUAAGGGCACUGAAUCCGAUGAGGAGCUCAAGCAAGCGUUCAGGGUGUUUGAUAAGAACCAGAAUGGCUUCAUUUCUGCGGCCGGGCUCCGCCAUGUUCUGACGAAUCUCGGAGAGAAGUUGACAGAUGAGGAGAUUGGUGACAUGAUUCGGGAGGCUGAUUUGGAUAGAGAUGGACAGAUCAAUUAUGCUGAAUUUGUAAAAUUAAUGAUGGCCAAGAGAGGACGAAGCCAGAGCAGUGGGCACAGUAGCAUGAAUUCUUCUUCAAGGGAAUACAAGACUAAGAACUGCCGUACUAAACAGCGGCUACGUCAAUAUGUUUCUGCCUGUAGUGUAAUGUAAUGUGCACAUUGCUAUCCAAAAAAAAGAAUGAUGAUGUUUAAGUUAAAGAUUUCGGAAAUUACCUAAUAAAUGGGGAAUGUUCUAUGGUUGGUGAACAAAAAAAACAGACCAUACAUUUUACGUGCA